CUUCGUUGUUCUGGAAAAAAAAUUAAAAGGAAACGAGACUCACACAGAGGGAGAGAUCUUGGGUAGAGAAAAGUGAGUAGUGAGAGGUGAGCAACAAUGGGGGAUUAUCACUUUGUGUACAAGGAUUUAGAGGGUGCGUCGACGCAGUGGGACGAUAUUCAACGAAAGCUCGGGAAUUUACCUCCAAAACCACCAGCUUUCAAGCCCCCAUCAUUCACUCCUGCCCCAGAUGAAUCCUCUGCUCCGAAAGACAAGUCUUGGAUCGAUAACAAAACCGAGGAUGAGCUCGAGGACCUCCAGGACGACCCAGAUCUCGACGACGAUCGAUUCCUCGAAGACUACAGGAAAAAGAGGUUGGCUGAGAUGAGGGAAGCAGCUAAGGUUGCAAAGUUUGGAUCGGUGAUUCCAAUUACAGGAUCAGAUUUUGUGCGAGAGGUUUCACAAGCUCCAUCUGAUGUUUGGGUUGUUGUGAUCCUCUACAAAGAAGGAAUCCCGGAAUGUACACUGCUAAUGCGAUGUUUGGAAGAGUUGGCAACGAAAUACCCAGCAACAAAAUUUGUUAAGAUAAUAUCUACAGACUGCAUUCCUAACUACCCUGAUCGUAAUCUUCCAACGUUGUUAGUGUACAACAAUGGUGCAGUGAAAGCAAAUCAUGUGGGCAUUCAUAGUUUUGGCAGGAGAUGCACUCCUGAAGGUGUUGCAUUAGUUCUUUGCAAUUCAGAUCCUGUACUUAAUGAUGGCCUAAGUGGGAGUGAUCCAUCAAGUAAAGCUGUGAUUGAUGGAGUUCGCAGGAGUUUCUUAGAGAAAGUUGUGAAAGCGCAUGAAGAUGAUGAUGAUGGAUUUUCAAGUGAUUAAAUUUUUAAACUUUCUUUCAGGUUUAGCAGAAAAAAGUUGUAUUCAAUGAAGAUGAAGCCAUGUUUGCUUAGUUGGUUUUGUUGUUUGGCUGCUUGCACACCUUGUCUGGUUUUCUCAUCAUCAGUGAAACUAGGAUGGCUGAUCCUGAUGUAUGACAUUGUGUAACUUAUGCAUCUCAUGGCAUUAAUGUAUUAUGUUCAAUCUUA